ACUCGACUUUACGUUCCAUUUCCUCUUACCACAAACAAAUUUCACUCUCCAAAUUCUCUCCUUUUCAUUUCUCCAAGUUCUAAAAUCAGUGGGAUUUGAUUAAUAAACGUGUGGCCACUUAUGGCCUCUCCUUUUAGUCCCUGCCUGUAAUUAUAAACACAAACACAAGAUUACUAGGUGACUGGAACUAACAAACAAAUGCAUUUCAGUUCUUUAGAUAGCUGAUCUUCUCCAGCGCUUGUGUUCUUAAUUAACCCGUUAUUCUUUUUACUAAUAUGCUGGAGUCAAUCACUUGUUGUCACAGUCCCAAGGGGCACAAUAUUAGAAACAAAUCAAGCUCAAUCAGGGCAUGCUCUCGUCAUAUAUCACAUCUUCAUGUACAUUCUUUUAAUGCUAGAUUUUUCACAAAGCGGCCAACGCGCAUGCCAUCAUGUGGCUUAAAUUACUGGACUAGUCAAUUCUCGUUUGUUUCGGGAAAUAUAUUUGAAGGCAAAUCUUUGUUAACUUCCAGAUUGUGUGGUUCAAGAGGAAUGUACAUGUCCAGACAUAGAUUGGGCCGUUGGGAAAGAUCUCGACUAUGUGCAGCUGUUGAUGUUGGUAGUGCCAUAGACGUUAUCAAUGAUUUAGGAUUGGAUACUUUGACAUUCUUAGGUGUGACUGUCGUGGUUGUUCCUGUGUUCAAGACAAUUAGAGCUAGUCCUAUACUCGGUUUCUUCUUUGCUGGGAUUGUACUCAAUCAGUUUGGAUUCAUUCGAAAUCUUACAGAUGUUAAAGUACUGUCUGAAUGGGGGAUACUUUUCUUGCUGUUUGAGAUGGGUUUAGAGCUUUCACUUGCACGUCUAAAGGCACUUGCAAAAUAUGCCUUUGGCAUGGGAUUGACGCAGGUUGUGUUAUCAACUCUUGCAUUCACAGCAUUUGAACUCCCACCAAAUGGUGCUAUUGGAACGAAAAUUUUGGAGUUCCUUUUUCAUUCCAGACCUGAUUUGGUGAACAUCAGAAGCAUUGAUGAGGCUGUUGUUAUUGGUGCUGCUCUCUCUCUCUCUUCUUCAGCUUUUGUUCUGCAGCUUCUUGCAGAAAAGGGUGAGCUUCCUACAAGAUUUGGCUCUGCAACUUUGGGAAUACUUCUUUUACAGGACAUAGCAGUUGUUCCUCUCUUGGUCAUACUUCCUGUGCUAGAGAGCCAGAAUCUGGUGGAGGAAAGUAUUUGGCCAAUGCUUGCCCAAGAAAGUUUAAAGGCUUUAGGUGGUCUUGGGUUGCUUUCUCUUGGGGGGAAAUACCUUCUAAGACGAGUGUUUGAGGUUGUUGCAGAAGCAAGGAGUUCAGAAGCAUUUGUUGCUCUCUGCCUGCUAACAGUUGCUGGGACUUCUCUUCUAACUCAGAAAUUGGGCUUCAGUGACACGCUGGGAGCAUUUUUAGCGGGGGCAUUGCUGGCAGAAACAAAUUUCCGAACACAGAUUGAAGCUGACAUAAGGCCAUUUAGAGGCUUACUUCUUGGGUUAUUUUUUGUGACUACAGGGACUUCAAUUGACACGCAGCUCCUUUUUCGAGAAUGGCCAAAUAUACUCUCUCUCUUGGCAGGUUUAAUCGCCAUCAAGACAAUGAUUAUAACAGCAAUAGGUCCUCGUGUUGGACUCACCUUGCAAGAAAGUGUAAGGAUUGGAUUGCUUCUAUCUCAAGGAGGUGAAUUUGCAUUUGUUGUAUUCUCUCUAGCUAACAGUCUGGGAGUGCUACCACUUGAGCUUAACAAGCUGCUCAUAAUUGUCGUUGUGUUGUCAAUGGCACUAACCCCAUUGCUUAAUGAGGUUGGAAGAAGAGCUGCUGAGUUCAUUGAAGACAAGUUCGACACAGAAGAUAAAGCUGCUGAGGUGAACUUCAAUGUUAGUGAACCUAUUGUGAUUGUUGGAUUCGGACAAAUGGGUCAGGUAUUGGCCAAUUUCUUGUCCGCCCCUUUGGCUUCUGGGAUAGAUGGCGGCUUUGUAGGGUGGCCUUAUGUAGCUUUUGAUUUGAAUGUUUCUGUUGUCAAGGCAUCCAGGAAACUUGGUUUUCCAAUCCUUUAUGGGGAUGGUUCGCUUCCAGCGGUAUUGCAAUCUGCUAGUAUCUCUUCCCCAAAGGCUUUCAUGAUCAUGUUUACAGGGAGGAGGAGGACAACUGAGGCUGUUCAAAGGCUUCGGCUUGCAUUCACCGGGAUACCAAUUUAUGCCAGAGCUCAAGAUCUCACCCAUCUUUUAGAGCUAAAGAAAGCAGGUGCGACAGAUGCUAUAUUGGAAAAUGCAGAGAUGAGCUUACAACUUGGCUCUAAGCUUUUGAAAGACUUUGGCGUCAUGUCUGAUGAUGUGAACUUCUUGAGCCAACUUGUUCGAGACUCCAUGGAGUUACAAGCUCGAGAAGCACUCAGCAAAAAUGAUGCUCGAGAAUUUGAUAUUACGAAACCAUUGCAGGUAAGAGUUGGUGACUCAAUCGGUGCCCAAGCACCUAUUCCAUCAACCUCAUCUGCAGCCAAAUCGUUAAGUAUAAAUCAGACAGAUGAUAGUCAUGUCUUGAGGUUUCAAGUGGAAGCAGAUCAAGCAGCACACGACAGUGAGCUCCAAGAACCAGAGGAUUUGCAGGGAAAGGGUGUUUUAUACUGUGAGCUAGAUGGAGAAAAUGGCUUUCCAGUUAGAACUGACGAUGCCAUGGUGGAGAAAAACAUGUUAGAUCCAUCAGCACCCUGCAUGGCAACUACUGAGGAUCCUUAAAACUGUCGGAGAUUUUUCACCCCAAAAGAGUAUUUUAUUUGUUCUUGUGGGCCUCAUUAUAGCUCUUCUCAAUUGUUUUUGUUGCUGAGACUAACGUUACAGACAGAACAAUCUAAACUUAGUCAAAAGGGUAGCUGGAUUGGCUGUUUUAAUAUAAUUCUCAGACUCCAUCACAAGGUUUCAAUUCCUGUAAACCACACCGUGUAUAUUGUUGACAUUGAUAAACUGAUUACCGAUGAAAAAUGUACUUUGUUUAGAUAUAUAAUCAUAUUGAUUUCUUGUAUUUC